AUGUGUGUACAUCUUUUCUCUCAGGUAGCCAAAGUUGAUAUUCGUGGCACAGGCUCGUCCGAAGGUAUUCUCAUCGAACGUGAAUACACGACGCAAGAAUUGAACGAUUGUGAACAUGUAAUCGAGCAGCUUGCUGAGCAUCCUCGCUCGAAUGGUCGUGUGGGUAUGUACGGCUUGAGUUGGUCGGCAUUCAACUCUCUAAUGAUGGCCACAUUGCGACGGCCACCGGCUCUUCGAGCUGUUUUCGCUGCACAUGGCUCCGAAGAUUUGUACAAAAAUGAUAUUCAUUAUGGCGACGGUAUACUUCAUCAAGACGAGUAUAUACUUUCAGUCGACCAUGAAAAUGCAUUGCCGGCAACUCCCAACUAUGAGAUGAAUGAGCAAUGGAUAAAACAACGAUUUACAGUGAGACCUUGGAUCGAUGUCUAUCUCGAACAUCAACUGGAUGAUUCUUUUUGGAAGGAAAAUUCGAUAAAAUAUGCCUAUGACAAUCUUACUAUACCUGUUUAUCUUCUCGCAGGGCUUUACGAUGCCUAUAAAGAUUUUGCAAUCAAUAUAUAUGAAAAUGCGCGAAAAGUAUCGCCCAAGAUUAAAGUUGUCGUUGGUCCAUUUGUGCAUGCAAUGCCUGAAUACUCUAAUCGCCAUCCAGGCCCUGGUUUCGAUGGCAAGGCGGAGAUGGUUCGAUGGUUCAAUUAUUGGCUCAAGGAUGAUAACGAGAACAGUGACAUUAUAAGUGAACCAGAUAUCACACUGUUCAUUCGCACAAGUCUGACGACGGGCACUUAUCGCUAUGAGUCUCAAUGGCCAAUUACUAGACAGAGAAUACACCGGAUGUUCAUGAGUAAAGGACAAAAGUUGGUUGAACAAGUAGCAACAACGGAAGAAGAACGAGGAAAAAAUAACGAUGUGAACACGCUCGAAUAUCGGCCGUGGAUUGGUUUCGAAGGUGGUGCAUGGUUGGGCGGACUGACAGGUGAUCAACGAUCUUUUGACAAAUAUUGCCUUAUCUAUGAGAGUGAUUUGAUUGAGGAGAAAAUUGAAAUAGCUGGCUUUGUCACAGUAUCUCUUCAGGUAAGUUGA